AUGCUCAGCCCAGUCAAAUAUCUAGUGACUGGCGCAUCCAGCGGCCUGGGUGGCUCUGUCCUUGCUACUUUGUACAAGAACAUCUCAGAUCCUUCGCAGCUUGCGGCGGCAUCGUCAAGACCUCAAACUGGCCUCGAGCUUCAAAAGGCCUAUCCUGGAAUCCAAUUCCGCUGCCUGGACUACAAUGAUCCAAAAUCGCUGGUAGAUGCAUUGCAGGGUAUCGAGCGUUUCUUCUUCGUCUCCAGCCCUGAAGUGAACACAGAGAAACGAAACAGGCAACAUGAACAGGUGGUAAAAGCAUCCGUCGAAGCAAAAGUUGGCCAUGUGUAUUACUCCAGCCUUGCAUUUGGCGGAUACGGAUCAGAGUCCACAGCUUCUGUUCAGCAAGCUCACUAUGUGACCGAAAAGCUCUUGGAAGACUCCGGGUUACCAUACACCUCUGUUCGUGAAGGGGUUUACAUCGAUGCCUUUCCUGUCUUUGUCUUCUGGUACCCAAACACAACUACCAUAUACCUCUCUGGUGAUGGCCUUGUUGCAUUCGCUUCCCGUGAUGAGCUGGGUGAAGCCACCGCACAGCUUAUCCUUCGCGAUCCAACAAGCUUGAGAUUGAAGAAUCAUAUUGCUUUGCUCACCGGUUCUCGCACCUAUAAGCUAACAGAUGUUAUUAAUGCUAUAUCGGAUGCUACUGGUAAGCAAAUCGAGGUCAAGCGGGUGUCGAAGGAAGAGUUCCCUCAUAUAAUGGCCAAGGAAGAUGCAAAAGAUGGCAGAGGAGGAAAGUCAGCAGCCUUUUUCACGAGCUGGCAGAGCCUGGUAGAAUCGAUGGAAAGGGGGGAUGCUGCAACAGUAGACCCCUUGAUGGGCGAGUUAUUGGGUAGAGAGCCCUAUGAUGCUCUGGAGUAUGUGAAGAAGCUAGUGAAAGGUAGUGCAGAUAAGGGGGGUUAUACGUGGCAUCAGAAUUAUACGUAA